UUGUCAGUCAUAGUCAUUUUUACGAGAUAGUGGGCGUGUUUGUUUACGUUUUUAUUUUAGCCAAUCAAUAGUCAGCACAAACGUGGACCGUACCUUUCAAAAUGGCUGCGCCCGAUAAAAAGUAUGGUUUAUUCAUUCCAAGAAAUGUAAAGAAGAAGACUGAACUAACAGCUGCCAAUGUAUUUGGUGAUGACGCUGAGGAAACAGAACAGGUUGCAGUAAAGCAAGGUGUGACAUCAAAGUAUGGGGCCACCUCCAACAGCAAGAAUGUUAUAAAAAGACAGACACAGUUGGAUAUAGAUAAAGCCCUGGCAGAAGACCCCAGUGUAUUUGAAUAUGACAGUGUUUAUGAUCAGAUGGCAGGAAAGAAAGAAGAGAAAUCUAAAUCAAAGAAGGUCAUUGAUAAUAAGCCACGCUAUAUAACACAGUUGCUGGUAGCGAGUGAGAAGAGGAAGAAAGAAGAUGAGAGAAGACAAGAGAGGAAGAUACAGAAAGAGAGAGAAGCUGAGGGGGAGGAGUUUGCUGAUAAAGAGGUGUUUGUAACCUCCGCCUACAAGAAGAAAAUGGAGGAACGCCAGGCGGAGGAGGAGAGAGAAAGGCUGGAGGCGGAGUUAGAAGCAAAGCAAGAUGUGACAAAACAAAGUGAUCUGACAGGGUUUUAUAGAUACUUGUUACAUGAGAAGACUAAAGAUGUUAGUAAAACAGAGGAAGACAGUGAGGAGAAAGUUAAAGUGAAAAAGGAACCAAAAUCUUCAUCGUCAGAUUCUGAAAGUGACCUUGAACAGAGGUCAAAUCCUAAAAAGUCUUCAAGCUCAAACGUAGGUCAGGAGUCAAAGUCACCUGAGCGUGCGAAAAAACAGUAUCGUAGGAGAAAUGAAAGUGAAAGUAGUGAUAAUAGUGAUGUCGAUAAAAACUCUGCAAGGGAUAAGUCAAGGAAUAAAACAGGAUCUAAAUCUGAUUCUAGAAGUAAACAUUCUUACGAUGAUGAUUCGAGAAGAAGUAAAAUCAGAAAUGAUGAUGAAAGACAUAGAAAUGAGGAUAAAAGAAGGAAAAGGUCAAGGUCAAAGGAAAGAACUAAUAAAAGGAGAGGAGAAGAUAGAAGAUCACCAGACAGAAGGAGACACCGGUCAAGGUCAAAGGACAGAAAGAGGUCAAGGUCAAGAGAAAGGCAAAGGGAAAGGUCAAAAUCAAGGGAAAAGUCAGGACUAAGAAAUGAUAAACAUUCAGAACGAAAUGGAUCUGAAAGAAAUAGAUCUCAUAGAAAUGAAAAAGGAUUUUCAGAAACAGGGAAACAUGGUGACAAAAGUGACAAUGCAAAGCCUGAUAAAUCUAGUGAGGAGCCUAAAUCGAAAUAUGCCAGGAAGACAACGGAUGGUCAAGUAAAUGAUGCACGAGCCAGGUAUUUGGCACGAAAGUUGGCACAAGAGAGGGCUUUACAGGCAGACUCUAAAGGGGAUACAUGAUUCUCAUCAUAAAAACUAUUUUUGUUAUAAUACCAUUCAUUGUAUCCAGAUUUAUAUUGAUAUAAUGAUAUCAGAUGAACCUUGGUUUUAAUUUGGGGAAGUGUAUUGAACUAAGGCAAUUGCAUUUCUUUUGGUCAAAAUAAGUAUUGAAUGGAAAAGAAGUUUUUCUUAAAUUGACCUUCAUUUAAAGGGGACUAAGUUAAUAGUAAUACUGAUUAGUCUAUGGUUAAAGGCUUGUGCAAGGUUGAUGUAAAAACCAAAAUAAUCUAACAGGUUGGCCUUCAAUUUUAGUGCCACUGACCAGACCCUGGGGACUGUUCAGUACUGUUUGUACUUUGUAUUUUUGUAUCAUGAUAUUGAAAUCCAUUUUUUAAACUGCAAAAUGAUGGAUUCACUAUCUUGGCCUUAGAAAAAAGGUUAAAAAUGGAAAUAGAUGUAUAUUUUAUGUGUUAAAGGAAAGACUGAUCAGCGAUGAAAUACAAAGUAAGGGAAAUAACUUUGCAAAUUUCGUAAAUGUAAUAUACAUUCUAUAAAACAAUCAGUGAAUAUUAUGAUUUUAAAUAGAUUUAUGUUGAUAAUGCUGAACAUAGAAGUUUAACUAUAUUCCAGGUGUAAUAUUCCAGGUUUAUGUUUAUAGAGUGUUUAUCAGUGAUAUUAUUAUCAAAAGAUUUCUGCAUUGAGUAUUGUUAUGAUAAAUAUGAAUAGGUGGUAAGAUUUCUAUUACAGAAUAAAAUAGAAUUAUCGAUAACAAUGCAGAUUUUGUGUAGUCAGUUUUUAGUUUUUUUUUUUUUUCAAAUACAAAACAAUUGCUGUUCACUAACAUAAGUAAAUAUGCAUACUUUAGAGAAACUACUUGUUCAGAUAAUUUUGAAAGGGACACUUUUGUUGAGUUGUUAAGUUUGUUGUCCUGAAACAGCUUGCCCAUCACCACUGGUGAAUCUUGUCAGGGAAUUGGAUUCUUUCAUUUGAGGGAGCAAUCUAGCUAGGUUACAGAAUGUCAGUAGUUAACACCAUUUGAAAUAAUGAACAGCAGGACACCUGAGGUCCUCUAUUAUUAGUAAAGCUGGAAUUUAGUCAUAUGACCUUUACAGUGACAGUGUGACCCAUAACUAUUAAUUUUGAAUGAAUUGUCUCCCUUUAUAGUACUUACUAAUGCUUAUAGAGAGAACCACUUGAAAAUAUUUAAGAAAUUUGACGCAGUGCAGUGUUGCUAGUUUACUUUGUUUUUAGCUCACCUGUCACAAAGUGACAGGGUGAGCUUUUGUGAUCGCUUUUCGUCCGUCGUCCGUCGUCCUAAACUUUUACUUUAAAUAACAUUUCCUCAUAAACCACUAGGCCAAUUUCAUCCAAACUUCACAGGAAUGUUCCUUUGGUGGUCACUUUUGAAAAUUGUUCAAAGAAUUUAAUUCCAUGCAGAACUCUGGUUGCCAUGGCAACCAAAAGAAAAAACUUUAAAUAUCUUUUUCUAAAAUACCCAACGAGCUAGAGCUUAGAUAUUUGGCAUGAAACAUCUGAUAGUGAGUGUCUACCAAGUUUGUUCAAAUAAAAGCCCUGGGGUCAAAAUUGGCCCCGCCCCAGGGGGUCAUUGAUUUUCCCUUUAUACAUAUAGUAAAAACUUAAAAAAUCUUCUUUUAAAGAACCCAAAGAGCUAGAGCUAAGAUAUUUAGCAUGAAACAUCUUCUUAUGGGUGUCUACCAAGUUUGUUCAAAUAAAAGCCCUGGGGUCAAAAUUGGCCCGCCCCAGGGUGUCAUUGAUUUUCCCUUUAUACAUAUAGUAAAAACUUAAAAAAUCUUCAUUAAAAGAACUUAAAGAGCUAGAGCUAAGAUAUUUAGCAUGAAACAUCUUCUAAUAGGUGUCUACCAAGUUUGUUCAAAUAAAAGCCCUGGGGUCAAAAUUGACCCCGCCCCACGGGGUGAUUGAUUUUCCCUAUAUGCAUAUAGUAAAAACUUAAAAAAUCUUCUUUUAAAGAACUCAAAGAGCUAGAGCUAAGAUAUUUAGCAUGAAACAUCUUCUAAUGGGUGUCUACCAAGUUUGUUCAAAUAAGAGCCUUGGGGACAAAAUUGGCCCCGCCCCAGGGGUCAUUGAUUUUCCUUAUAUGUGUAUAGCAAAAACUUAAAAAAUUUUCUUUGGAAAAACUUAAAUAGCUAGAGUUUAGAUAUUAAGCAUGAAGCAUCUUCUAGUGAGUGUCUAUAAAGUUUGUUCAAAUAAAAGCCCUGGGGUCAAAAUUGGCCCCGCCCCGGGGAACAUUGAUUUUCCUUAUAAUUUUUUUUAUGUGUAUAGCAAAAACUUAAAAAUCUUCUUUGAAAAACCUGAAUAGCUAGAGUUUAGAUAUUAAGCAUGAAACAUUUUCUAGUAAGUGUCUACAAAGAUUGUUCAAAUAAAAGCCCUGGGGUCAAAACUGGCCCUGCCCCAGGUGUGUCAUUGUUUUAACUAUAUGUGUAAAGAAAAAACUUGAAAAAAAUCUUC